CCUUCUCGAUCUUCUCUUCAGACCCAGGGCUCUCAGCCUUUCCUUGUAUAAGAGAUGCUCCAGGCCCUCUAUCAUCUUUGUUGCCCUCCACUGGACUCUCUCUAGGAGACGUGAUUCAUCUGUUUCCUGUUGGACUGGACAUUGCAGCUGUUACAGAAAAUAGAGAAUUCUCUGUCUUUGUUCAGUUUGACAUUUUGUGGACAGGAAAAAAAUGAAAACAAACUGUAGCAGCUGAGGCUUUCCUGAAGAUACGGAGCAUUCCUUGCUUCAGCCUUCUCUUCCAAGGUCUUCAUCUGCUAUGCAAUUGUUAACACCAGUAUCUUUGAGGACCUCGAUACCCCUGGACGGACAUUCCCGAAGAAGGGGCAGACGUGUGUGGUGCACUACACAGGGAUGCUACAGAAUGGAAAGAAGUUUGACUCCUCCAGAGACAGAAACAAGCCUUUCAGGUUCAAGAUCGGCAGGCAAGAAGUCAUUAAAGGAUUUGAAGAAGGUGUUACACAGAUGAGCUUAGGACAAAGAGCAAAGCUGACCUGCACACCUGAGAUGGCCUACGGAGCCACGGGCCACCCGGGGGUCAUCCCUCCCAAUGCCACGCUCCUCUUUGACGUGGAGCUUCUCAGGUUGGAGUGAGUCUUCUUGGGGGAGCUGGCUGGAGGCACCUCUCCGUAACCAUCCCUUCUUUCUCACCCUCCCAGCAGCGGGAGAAAUCUUCACUGGAAUCCUAAUAUUCCUGCUCAAGCUGUCAUGUCAGUAGCGCCUGCUGUUAGGUUUCUUAAGCCUUUCUUUCUCCUUUUUUCUUAAACUUUGUGGUGUCCAUAUUUGCCUUUCAUUGGAAGCUUUGCUUUGGGAAAAAUGUCUACCGUUGUAACAUUUUCGAGUUGUACAUUUUAUUUAAUCUGCAUGUGAUGAGACUUCACAGUGAUGAUUGAAAAUAUAUAUAAAUAUAAAUAUAUAUAUAUUCCUUAUUGAAAAACCACUGCCUUACUGUACACUUAAACCAAGAAAAAUAAAAAACAAAACACAAAAGGUGCUCAAAAACUCCAGUGUACGCCUUGUACAUGAACGGGCAUUAGCCAAACAGAGUUACCUGCGCUGCCACUUUUCUCAACUUGUACGUUCUGCUUGCUGCUGUUUUAAAGAAUACUGUCUCAUUUAAGAAUUAAGUAUAUAUAUAAAACAAUAAAACCUUGAUACUUUACA